UAUAAUUCAAGAAAUUAUGCAUAAAAGUGCGAAUAUUUUAUGAUAUUCAUAUUAUUCGGCAAAAUUGAGUUGGCGCACGUGUAUUGUUGGUUGCCUAUCCGUUCGCUGAUCCCUAACUAGUUAUUUAUCCAAUAUUUGUAACAAUUUACAUUUUUGCGUAAUCAACAAUAUCUAGUUUACAUAAACUAAACAAACUUAUCUGUCAGUUUAUGCAAAUUAGCCAGACAGUCGAAAUUAGACGCAAAAAAUGUGAGCAGAACGUGUCCACACUGAUAACACCGCGACUCCAAGUCAGCACAACGAAGGCAACACGCUCAUAAUAAAAACAAAUAAAUAUGAAAUAAAUGCUGCGUAAAAACGCUCCCAGUUAAAUUCUAGUGCUUAAUUUAAGUAGUGUCCUAUCCUAAACAGCAUGCCCCACUCAAUCACCGCCAAUUCCAAGCAUUCGAACGCGGAACACAAACGUCCCAUUAACAUUUAUUAGCAGGAAAAAAUGCUCUGUGUGCGACGGCGCAGUGGUACAGCUGAGUUCUGUCAACUGCUCGCGGUGGCAAACAAAGGCGCACACUUCGCAGUCGCAGUUUGUGCGCGCACGCGGCAUUAAACAAGUGUAGCUGCCUGCGCUCGCCCAGAAGAUGCCUUGGUUCAUGCAAAUACCAUCAAACUUCCUGACUGAGAAUGUCAAGAAACGCGUUGGCAUCUACCUCAUCCAGCACUACCUGGGCCAGUUCCUGGAGACAAAGCUCACCUCCGACCAGCUGUCUGUUGACUUGACCAACGGCGUUGGUACCAUCGAAAAUGUUAGCCUUGAUAUGGAAGCGCUCAAAGAGCUGGCGAACAAACAGAAUCUGCCGCUGGAGUUCGUCAGCGGAUACAUCGGCAAGCUGAAAUUCACUGUUCCAUGGACGUCGUUCCUUCGAGAUCCGACGAAUAUUGAAGUACACGGGCUUAAAAUAACCGUGCAACCUAAACAGAGAGUAGAAUAUGGUGAGAAAGUCUCCAAAACAUCAAAAAACAUAAAUUUUAAGCGUUUUUUUGUUUGUUUAGCUACUUCAAUGUUUGAAUCAAUGUGGAGCUCGAUGACAAACUCGAUGCAACUCGCAGAAGAUUGUUUGAAACAAGAUGCGGACGCUGUGGAUGUUUCACAGCCUCUGGAAGGACUUGAAGUGAUUGCACAAGCAAUAGAAUCAAUUUUGUGUCGAGUUAAAGUAAAAUUUGUUAAUACAACAAUAAGAUUUGAAUGUCUUCCGAAAGAUAGCCCUACAGGAGUGGCGUUAAUUGCAACAGUUGAUAGUAUUGAAUACACCGAUGAAGCAGGUGAGGAUCCGCCAGCAAGUGAAUUAAGUGACAAAGGAGAACAAAACAAAGGUUAUACUGUCACCUCCUUCACAACUAAAAACUUCACACUCAAAGGAAUUUCAUUCUUGACGCAAGAAUUCACUUCGGCGCGAUGUAACACCGAAUUUAGCGAUUCGCAGCACUCACAGGAUAAUUCCCUAGUGACGAAUGUGAUUCAAGAGAUGAAAGAUAGUCAGUAUAAAGAAGACGAAACAAAAAUCAAAUCAGAAGUGACUUCUGAGAGUCACGAUAGUAAUCCAGUGCAAAAUGUGCUUUUAUUCGCGAAGAUAAUCGGCAAACAAGUAAUUAAAAUAAGAUUAAAACAGUCCGAGCAUGUUAGCGGUCCGAAAGUAUCAAUAGAGAUGACUUUUGGCGCUUUGAACGUAUUUCUAUCACCGAGACAAGUUUAUGAUUUAGUGGAGAUUGCAACUGGGCUAUUUGGAGACCCCGGUGAAGAUUUAAAUAAUUCUGCGCCGAAACAGAAAUACACAGAGAAACCAAUGACUGCGAUGGAUUAUCAACGCGUCGAACAAGAACUGCAAUGUCAAUUGAAUCCUGCGAUGUUUGCACCGGCAGGAUUACAAGGCGCGCACGGUUGGUCAACGGCGCAGUUCGAAGAAAGUGAUACCGACGAUAAUUUCCUGCCGAUGCAUUCACGGGAUGCGGGUGAAAACAUGGCGGAUAGUACGUAUUCAAACGCAAGCAGUAGUAUGGAGUCAAGUUUAAGCUCAUCGAUGGCUAGUACUUUAAGUGAAGCCACUACACAUCGAACAAGACGCAAAUUUAAUAGUAUACAGUCUGAUCCUACGGCAGAAAUCUCAGACUUUCACAUCCGGAUAGCUUCACUAGCUGUAGUGUUACUCCACGAAGAUAUCCUAACAAUGACCAAUGAUGGUAACACUCCGGGUCUGAUUCCGUCCAGUGUAAAACAGAUGCAAUCCAGCGCGGAACACUUUUUCAACACUAUUAAUAACUUAGUACCAGCUGGUUACGGUAAGCGUAACUUUGAUGAUUGUAAGGAAAUCUUCGAGAAAGCAUGCGGGCGCCGCCAUCUUAGAUUAAUUGGCGCGCCGAUUCAAAUAGAAUGUCACGAAACUACAACAUCAAGCGCUUUUUCAAUAACCGGCGAAUUAACAACUGCAAAACUAGAGUUAUUGGAAUGUUUAGUUAAAGAUGAAAUUUUUAAUUACGUACGGCUUCUGCACUUUAAAGACGACGCAGUGAGUAAUGCCAGUCCGGUGCAUAAUAAACCAUGCAUGAAGAUGAGUUUUCGACAUAUUGAGAAAACAAGAAAGAGCGGUAUUAAUAGAAAGACGUAUGUACCGAAGACAGAUCUUCAUUUUACGCUGGAUACUUGCGUUGUCGAUGUGGAUAUAACAAUCAUCGAUCGAUUAAGUGCCUUACUAAAUCCACCAGUUGUAAUACAGAAACCUGUAAAUGUUUGGGCGACACAAUCGAAGCCAGACGCGUUUGCAACAACAGUGGAGUCCAUAAUGGAUAUUAAAUUAUCAUCACAUUUAAUGGAGGUGAAACUGAGGAUACCUAUUCCUGAUUUUCGACCGGCGAAUGACUUGCAGAGAAUACCAUGGUGGGAACGCAAUGUAAGAAAUGCGUUUAUUUCGGGGAAACUGUCAAAUAUGACUGCGCAGACGCAGAUUCAAAGUAAUCAGGAGAGUCAAAGUUAUACAAUCCAAUGUAAAACAUUGGAUCUUUAUUAUCAUGAGAAUGAAACAGCGACGCCAUUACACAUUGGAAAGUCCGACGGGUUAUUAUCCAGUAUUCCAACGGUGACGAUUAAAAUCAAUCCAGUUGUUAAACUGGAUGUAGAAGUUGAGGAAUCGAUGGAUCAAGAUGGCGUCAUGACGAUGUCCUGUGGUACAAUUAUACCACCGCAAAGACAAGGUCCGUUUAGUUCUAAACGUGUAAUUCAUGAAAGUGAUACACCGCAUGCACGUCCGCAGACUGAUGAUGAUAAUGCAGAGUUAGUCCUGCCGGGAACUAAAGCGGAAAUGUCUGAUUUUAUCGAAACGACGAUUGGUUCGACAAGAAUUCAUUUGGAUUUUAAUUUUCCCACGGCAAGUGUGCAAUUUAUUUCGAAGCAUAUCUUCGAAGUGUUGUAUAAUCACAUCCUGAGUGAUUUAUUGUUAUGGGAGCCUUGUGCGCCGGUGUCAAAAUGUCCGGAUGGUAAUGUUAUGCAACCAGCCAUGUUUGAGAGUUUUGACAAGAUGGAAACUUAUGCAACAUGUAAAAGUGGCAAUAAGUAUGAAUCAGAUUCAGACGAUUCCGAUGAGUUUGAUCCACAAAACUCAACAUUAUUUUACUCUGCGUAUGAUAUGCGUCACAAACCAGUGAAGAAACCGCAGCAGAUCAAACGCAAAUGUCAAAGUUAUCUCACACUCAAUUUACGUAUUGGUAAAGGUUUAAUCCGGAUGUGUCCGCCUGUUCGUGAUGUUGAUGGUAAUGUCAUACCGGAACAAAUAGCAGAGUUUCUUCUCGGCGUGGAGGAAGCUAGUUUAUUCACUGUCAGUGGAUACAAUGGUGAUGAAAAUUUAGGUUAUGUUUGUGUUCAAUCCAAAGGUGCUCAACUACAUCACAGUGAUAUGAUUUCAACUACUAGUCAAAACAACCAACUGAAAGAAAUCGGUAGCGCACUCGGCCGCCAUUUGUUUCCUACCAUAUACAAAUCAGAAAAUGGCGUCUUGGAAACAAGCGGUAAUCGCGCCGGUGAUAGAGAAAUGCUCUCAGUCGCGGUAAGAAUUCAAGCGAAUCAUGAAACUCACCAUGUGAAGCUUGUUCGCGUCGCGUUGGGUUUAAAUAAAGCCACGUUAAGACACCGCAUGUGUCCGGUCCCCAACAUAUGGAUAACGCAAUUGAUAGAUCUAUUCAAAGUCAACGAUUAUACGAUUCCCGGCUUUCACGCGAAAGAUGUGUUAACCGAAAUGCAUUUGCACUUGUGGGACUGCGCGAUUGAUUACCGACCACUCCACCUACCUUUACGGUCUGUUAUUACAAUGGGCCAGUUGAGUAUGUCUUCGCAUUUAACCACAACAGCGAACACAACCACUUUGCGCUUCAUCGCUGAAGAUUGUAAUCUGUUUCUGAGUGAUAAACUACCACCACGAAAGGGUGUGCCAUCAACGGCCGCCAUUGAAUUGAAAAAAGACUACGUUGGUAUUAUAGACGUCGGAUUAAUCGAGAUCAGUUUGAAAAUCAACGAUAUUUCCUUUCCUAAUUGUGAUUUACGUGCGCUGGUCAACAAGUUCAUGAUACAUACUUGUGCGGACAGUGCACGGGCACUCAUGGAGUUGAUAACUUACAUCGCGACGAAUGGUGAUCUAAAUGAUCAGGAACAAUCGAAUGCGACGGUUGGUAAUUAUGUAAGUCCAAAGCGACAAGUGGAGCAGGAGUUGAUCAAUGUAGAAACGCAGGAUAUAAGUAAAUUGUCACACAGUCAACAUCAGCAAGUGAAUGAAAUGCUGGUUGAUGCUAUGAAGGAAAGUGUGAGGGUUCCACGUGCGAAUAAUCCUCAUCUGCCAGGUGCGAAGAUGUUUUUCUUUCCGGAUGAAGGACAACUCAUUGAAAACAAACCCCUACCACAGGUGACAUCUGAACUGGGUGAUAUUACUUUCCGGUCUUCGAAUCGCAGCAGUGACACAGACGAAGACUUUAUUUUUAUUGGUGAUGAAGCAGGUGUGGGUAUAAUGCCAAAGAAUGGUCUUCCUCAAAUUCGUUGGUUAGUCGACGACUCCCUACGACUUGUCGACAAUCAUUUUGCGAUUCCAGUCGGAAAAACUGAUGUGUUAAAAGCGCCGAAAGAUUUCCCCACGCCUGUGAUGCGUUAUACACUAUGUGAAAUGACAGUGCAAUGGAAAUUAUACGCCGGGAGAGAUUUUAGGUCAUCGGAUGAUAAAUCCGAGAAGAAAACAGUUAAUUUUUCAGACGGGCAGAAUGCUGUGUUGUAUACAAAUCGUAACACGGGCGAGAUUAGUUUUCAGAGUAAACCACAGAAGAAACAGAAGGCGAACUGGAUAGAAAAUGGCGGCGUUAACCGUAAUCAUGAUAUUGUGAUUGAUAUUCAACUGAAUAAAGUAAGAGUUCAGCAUGAUAUUUAUCCGGAACACACGAUGCAAGCCUCGAGGCAAGUGAUUGUGAUUUCACAGAUUGAGAUUCACGACAGGCUUGUGAGUAGUCGGAUUAAGAAGUUGUUGUAUUUGGAUUCGACGGAUAUUCGACCUAGGCAAACACACGCACACAUGUUAACAAUCAAGCUGAUUCAUAUCAGACCUGAUCUUAAACUGAAAGCAGAAGAAUGCAUUUUAGUCCUUGGAUUGUUACCACUGCGAAUAAAUCUGGAACAGGACACUUUAUUAUUCAUGUUGAAUUUUGCCACUGAUAUGAUUACAGAUAACUCAAAAAUUGAAGAUUUGUCGAGUAGUUCUAAAACAAAUACACCUACACAUCACCCGCCUGUGAUGACAAUUGCGAGUGAUGAAGUGAUUGAUGAUGUUGAAGCGAAGAAAAUGGUGGACGAAAACUUGAUUUUGUUGCUGGACGACGUAAAAGACAAAGUGGAGAGUUCAAAUGUUGAGAAAACUGUGCACACAUCAUCGACAUCCAGUGAUAGUUCACCUCCGCUUUAUUUCAGAAAAGUGACAUUUGUAAAUCCAGUGCCAAUAAGAUUAGACUAUCAUAGCAAAGGUAACUUUGAAUGGAAACAUGGCCCGAUUGCAGCGUUAAUCAUCGGUAUAGCAUCACUUAACUACGUUGAAUUCACCUUGAAACGACUUGAAAAUAAUCACGGUAUUCUUGGUUUCGAUAAAUUGAUUCAAUACUUUGCGCAAGAAUGGAAGAAUGAUAUCAAGAGGAAUCAAAUCCACACGGUUUUGAGUGGUGUUGGGCCAAUUCAUUCAUUAGUGCAGCUCUUCCAAGGUGUUAGGGAUUUAAUCUGGAUGCCUAUUGAACAAUACCAGAAAGAUGGCAGGAUUGUUCGUGGCCUGCAACGUGGCGCAAACAGUUUUACAACAUCUACAGCAAUGGCGGCGCUUGAAUUAACCAACAGAUUUAUUAAUUUGAUACAAUUGACAGCCGAAACCGCGUAUGAUAUGAUGUCGCCUGGACCUAGUGUGCGUCGUUCUGGGAGAUCAAGAGAAAUCAAAAGUAAAGGCAGGAAAAAGAGGUAUAAUCAACCGCAGGAUAUCAGAGAAGGUGUAGCUAAUGCUUACAAUGUUGUAAAAGAGGGUUUUGGUGAAACUGCCGAAAAUAUCGUCCGUGUUGCUUCGAUUGAAAAAGAACAAAAGGGUAUAACUGGUGCAGUAGGUGGUGUGCUGCGACAGAUACCAACGGCGAUGAUAAAACCGAUUAUUAUCGCCUCGGAGGCCACCAGUAAUGUCUUGGGUGGCAUGCAAUGCCAGCUUUUACCGGACGCCAAACGAGAGGCUAACGAAAAGUGGAAGAAUGAUGGGGAUAUGUAAUAUUCACGAUUGCAAUUGACGAUGGGAGGAUAUUUUAUAUUUAUGAUAUAACAACAGAGAGUAGUUUUAAAUAUACAUUGAUAGAAGAUGCAAUUAUUUUACGGUUUUCAUUUUGAUUUUGUUAUACAUAUGUCGUGAUACUUUAUAUGUAUAUUGUGCUGUGCAUUCAAAUAUAUUCUCACGAAAAUUAA